AUGGCGGAACCACUGUCAGUUCUUGCCAGCGUCGCUGGCGUGGCUACAGCCGGCGUCGCCAUCUCUAAAAUGAUCUACGAAAUUGCGCAUACCGUAAAACACGCCCCCAAAGAAGUUUCGGAGAUGGCGGGGGAACUCUCACUCCUGUCUUCCGUGUUGCGAUACCUGCGCAGCGCGUUGGCGGAGUACAUCGAUGUUUGUAAACCGCGGCUUAUCAAGGAUAUUCGAGGGACAGUGUCGAAAAUUCACGACUUGCACAAGCAAAUCAAAGACUUGACGAAGAACAGCACGAGUUCGUUUUACCGGGUGGGGUUGUUGUUUAAGAGUCCCAAAACGAAAAACCUACUCGCGCAGAUUGAAGGGUUCAAGAACUCUGUGAGCGUUAUGCUUACUACAGUUCAAUUGGCGGCGGCCAAGAAGCAAAUGAAGAUAUCUAAGGAGUUGGCUUCAAAGACCGACGUCGGUGAGAUUCGACAGUUGCUUGAGAACCUGCUCUUCGCCAAUCAAGACUCCAUUAAACGGAUUCGGCGGGAGCAAACAUUAGGGAUCGAUCAUUCGCCAGCACCACGGCCUGAUGUACCACGUCGAAAUCCAAGAGGGAGGUCAGACCUGGACAGUUUCUCUCCUUAUGAACCAUUAGUUCCCCUGCCCAAUCAUCCAAGAGGUAGACGAGGGCCGAGCUCACCGCAUCCAGUAACACCUCGACCCGAACGGACUUAUGGGUGGCCGGAGUCGACACCUGGUUCCAAGAACAUUGGUGCGGAUCACGUUGCGCCCAUACCUCAACCGUCGUCUGUGAGACCAAGUACAAGACCGCGUGAAUCGACCGCAAAAACGCCGAAGGGUGGAGUCGACAGCAAGACUUCUGUAGGCUCCCAUGUCGAUCCUCAACGACCCUCCUUUGUAGAUUGGGACUCGGAAAAGGAGGAAGAGAUUGGCACGGUACAUUUGGACGAUGGCGACAGCGAGAAAGACGGAGAGCCUACUUCUACGGCCCUUGUACCCGCGAAUCACCACGAUCCUGAGAAGCCGGCUCGACCAAAACGGGGACGUCGCAAGCGUGAAGAAGGACAGCGGAAGAGGGAAACGAGGUUUCAGAUCCUACCCGGUCAGCGCAAAGAGCAUACUCAAGAGGAUCCGAACAGAGAGAACAACUCUGAGGAAGAAGACAAGUACACAGACGAUAGUGACGAUACUGAGUUCAGUGAUGCAGCUGGCAGUAACGAAGAUGCAGAUCGAUUCGUGGAAUUUCUAGACACACUAAACCUCAAAGACAGCGCAGCUUCGAACAACAUUAAUCACAGCACGCCUUUGGCGCGGGAAAGAAGCCGCGAUUAUCGAGCAACCCUAGCUGACAACGCAAGAGCUUGGCGUGAAAAAGAAUACUACGAUCACAAGCAACGAAGAACAGACCUAACCCGCGAGAUACGGUAUGCUUCUCCAGACGAUGCAGCUACUUGGUUGUAUCGCCUGGUUUUUUUCAAUGAAAAAAGUCAAGGAAACACAGGGUGCCCAAAUGUAAUCCAGCAACAAGACGUGGAAGUUCCACGCACAGCAGACCGGCUGUUGCUCCAAUGGACAAAAGUGGAGCCGGCUACAGGCAAUGUAGAGCAUGACGCUUCCGAUUCAGAGGCAACGAUGGUCGAUCCAGAUCCAUCCUGGAGCCGGCGACUACGGUCGCGCAUCUCCCGCAUCUCCCGUAUAGCAGCUGAGGAAGAGCGGUCCAUGCCUAGUGGUCCUCGCAAUGUCUACUCCAACGGGUUUGAUUACGAAGAUCUCUCAGACAACCCAUAUGAUCCCUAUAGGUGUGAUCCCAUGAACCCUGGUGCCAGUCGACCGUUCCAGCCUGACGUUCCGUACGCGCAUUACGAGCGGACUGAGCAAGAAAGAGCCUACCAAACAUAUCGCAAUGAAACCCUGACGAAGGAUAUUGAACGACUCGAAUCGACAUUCCGCAGAACAGAAGCCUUGUACACGAAAGAAGUUGCUCACAGAGAGCGAAUGGAGAUGGCGCUCGAAAAGCAACACCAAUACGCCCUAAAAUCUAUCCAGGAUCAAGUCGAAGCGAUGAAGAAGGAACACGACUCGACGGCCAUCGCACUGGAGAAACAAUUGGAACUCGACCUGACCAAUGAACACGAAAAACGCUUAAAGUCUUUACGGGAGCAUCUUGAAAAAGAGGCCAAACAGAAUGCGGAAACCCAGCUGAUACUGGAAAAUCGCUGGCGUGCAACGCUAGAAGAACUCGAGAAGAUGAAAAAGAUGAAAGAGGAGGAAUGGUACGCCAACGAGAAAAAGCAAGCCGAAGCCAAAGCGGAGAGGAUGGAGAAAGCAAAAACAACACGUGCAUGUCUCCAGAUAUCGACGCUCGCGGAUCGAGAGCAAACUUGGAAUCCAAAAUUUCCCUCCCUCGGGAUUUCAAUCUCCCGCACCGAUGGCGCGCCAAGUCGCAUGUUCAUCCACGGCACACUUUGCUUCACAAAACCCUUCCUCCCUUCUCUUAGCGAGCUGUAUCAAGUCCUGAAGGCUCACGACUGGCAACCGUUAUGGAUGCGCGGUUCCAGUGGUGGAAAGACCUGGUUCUUGGGACGAACUCCUAUUGCGGUGGAUUUCUCCCGCCGAGAUUACAUGCCGCAAGUCGGAAAGCCUCCAGACCAGACUGGCGCACCCGUUCAUGCAGGCGACAUGGAUGACGAGUACGCGGCUGUGGGUAUGGGCUUAGUGGAGAGGGACGCAAUCGAUGAGCUUGACUUGGCGUACAAAGGACGGAUGGAUGGCCAGUAUUAUCGGUUUGACGUAGAUCUGACUUACGAAGACGUCGAGAGUUUGAUAGCGACUUCACUCCUCAUGCGUGAACGACGGCAUCGCAAAGCCUGUGUCGAAAACGUAGCCGGUCGCGCCGCAUCUCCUUCGCGGAACUUAUCUGCAUCUCCUACUGGUUCCACGCCAACACUCGAUGUGCCUAGGCCCUCGGGACGAUCUACCACACCGCAACCUUCGAGGAGCGGAAAUAGCGAAGAGAGGCCGAGAAGACACUAUAAGAAGUCGAGUAGCUCGAGGAGAGAUUUGUAG